GCGGCUGCGGCUGCUGCAGCAGCGCUGCUCUUCUGAGGGCCUGGAGGCCGAGGCCUGGGUUGAGCCCGGAGCCGCUGCUCGACGGAGCCUCCUGGAGCCCCCGCGCCGGCUGAGCCUGGGGGCGGGCUCGGGUCCGGCCCGUCGCAGCACCCAGGACCGAGGCUGCAUGCGCGAGGACCAGGCCGGCGCAGCCAUGGAGGAGGCAUCUCCUUAUUCCUUACUUGAUAUCUGCUUGAGUUUCCUGACCACUCACCUGGAAAAGUUCUGUUCAGCAAGACAAGAUGGAACAUUGUGUUUGCAGGAACCUGGAGUAUUUCCACAGGAGGUGGCAGAUCGCCUGCUUCAGACCAUGGCAUUUCAUGGUUUACUGAAUGAUGGUACUGUAGGUAUUUUCAGGGGGAACCAGAUGAGGUUAAAGAGAGCUUGCAUUCGCAAAGCGAAGAUAUCUGCUGUUGCUUUCCGGAAAGCCUUCUGCCACCACAAGUUAGUAGAACUUGAUGCCACAGGUGUGAAUGCUGAUAUUACUAUCACAGAUAUUAUCAGUGGUCUUGGCAGUAAUAAGUGGAUCCAGCAAAAUCUCCAGUGCUUAGUGCUGAACUCACUAACUCUCUCCUUGGAAGAUCCUUAUGAGCGGUGCUUCAGCCGACUUUCUGGUCUUCGAGCUCUAAGCAUCACCAAUGUUCUGUUUUACAAUGAAGACCUGGCUGAAGUUGCCUCAUUGCCAAGAUUAGAGAGCCUGGAUAUUUCUAAUACCUCCAUCACAGACAUCACUGCUCUGCUGGCCUGCAAAGACCGACUCAAGUCUCUAACCAUGCAUCACUUGAAAUGUUUAAAAAUGACAACUACCCAAAUAUUGGAUGUUGUUCGAGAACUAAAACAUCUGAAUCAUCUUGAUAUCUCCGAUGAUAAACAGUUUACAUCUGACAUAGCUCUUCGCUUACUAGAACAAAAGGAUAUCCUACCCAAUCUUGUCUCUUUGGAUGUUUCUGGGAGAAAGCAUGUGACAGAUAAAGCUGUUGAAGCCUUUAUACAACAACGGCCCAGCAUGCAGUUUGUAGGUUUGCUGGCUACUGAUGCUGGUUACUCUGAAUUCCUGACUGGUGCAGGACAUUUGAAGGUGUCUGGUGAAGCCAAUGAAACUCAGAUUGCGGAAGCAUUAAAGCGGUACAGUGAACGGGCCUUUUUUGUCCGAGAAGCUCUAUUUCACCUUUUUAGCCUGACACAUGUCAUGGAAAAAACAAAGCCAGAAAUUUUGAAGCUUGUGGUGACUGGCAUGAGAAACCACCCCAUGAAUUUGCCAGUGCAGCUGGCUGCAAGUGCCUGUGUCUUUAACUUAACCAAGCAGGAUCUUGCUGCAGGAAUGCCUGUCCGGCUCCUGGCUGAUGUAACCCAUUUGCUGCUUAAAGCCAUGGAACAUUUUCCCAAUCACCAGCAGUUACAGAAGAAUUGCCUCCUUUCCCUUUGCAGUGACCGGAUCCUUCAAGAUGUUCCAUUUAACAGGUUUGAAGCUGCCAAACUUGUAAUGCAGUGGCUUUGCAACCAUGAGGAUCAAAAUAUGCAAAGAAUGGCUGUGGCUAUCAUUUCCAUUCUGGCUGCCAAGCAACUUCUUCAAAUAGUGAAGCAGAAAACCAAUCAGAAUUCAGUUGACACUACAUUGAAGUUUACUCUGAGUGCACUUUGGAACCUUACAGAUGAAUCCCCAACUACUUGCAGACACUUUAUUGAAAACCAAGGGUUAGAACUUUUCAUGAGGGUUCUAGAGUCCUUCCCAACUGAGUCAUCCAUUCAACAGAAAGUUCUAGGACUUCUGAACAAUAUAGCUGAAGUACAAGAAUUACAUUCUGAAUUAAUGUGGAAGGAUUUUAUAGACCACAUCAGUAGUCUCCUACACAGUGUUGAAGUGGAAGUCAGUUACUUUGCAGCUGGAAUUAUUGCCCAUUUAAUAUCCAGAGGUGAACAAGCUUGGACACUGAGCCGUAGCCAGAGAAAUUCUCUUCUUGAUGACUUGCACUCAGCUAUAUUGAAAUGGCCAACUCCAGAAUGUGAGAUGGUAGCAUACAGGUCCUUUAAUCCAUUUUUCCCACUGCUUGGCUGUUUCACAACACCUGGAGUCCAGUUAUGGGCAGUUUGGGCCAUGCAACAUGUCUGCAGCAAGAAUCCUUCAAGGUAUUGCAGCAUGCUGAUUGAAGAAGGAGGACUGCAACAUUUAUACAACAUCAAAGAACAUGAACAAACUGACCCCCAUGUCCAACAGAUUGCAGUGGCCAUUCUGGACAGCUUAGAAAAACACAUUGUGCGCCAUGGGAGACCUCCUCCCUGUAAAAAGCAGCCUCAGGCCAGACUAAAUUGAGAGCCAUAGAUAGUUGAAUAAUUGAAUGGUAGGAAUCCUUUUUGUGAUUGGUUUGUAAUAUCUUACUCUCUGUGGUGUUUCGGGCAUUCUAUGAGUCAUAAAAUCAGUUUGGGAUUGAUAUGUACAAUACUGCCCAUGUGAACAGUAUAAUUUGUCUUGUGAUUUUUAACUUAUGAGGCAACAGAGGUAUCUAUCUUCCUUCAUUGUUGUCUUUUAGGAAUUUUCCCAUCUAUUUCAGUGUUUAAACUUACUUGUGCUUGAGACUCUACAGUUUUAUGAAAAGUUUGCACGAACCUCUAUGCCAGACUUUCCUGAUCCUUCCAGUUCCUUCCAGUUAAUUUGCAGCUUCAGAUGAGCUGUUGAUUUGAUGUCUGGCAUUGCUUCAGUUGUAAAUUUUAUACCACUUCUGUAUAAAAUGCCUUUAUUCUCUGUGUAACUUUUAUAUGCUGCCCUUCUUAGUGUGAAAGAAUGGAAAUCUGCGUUGUUGUUGUGGAAGAUACUUACUGUCUGGAUAAUGGACUGUUGCAGAAAAUUAUAAGGAAGAAGAGAGUUUAGGAAUUGAGAAUUGCUAUUAUGGUAGAGUUUUUUAAGUGGAAUAGGCUACCCACCUGGAGGCCCCCUCUCUUGAGACAGUAAGUAGAAGCUGUUUGUUUUCCAUAUCUGUGGCUGGAAGCAUGGACUGCCACUUCCUACACAGACUGUAGGUUCCUCUACAGAUAUUUUCCCUAAGUAUCACAGUAUAAAGUACCACAGCAUUUUGUAUAAAGUCUGUCUGAGUCUCUAUAUGUCAUACUGUUUUUUUUUAAGUGAAUUUAAAAAUAUAUCUCUGGUUAACACUAGCCAUCUUUCUCUUCUAUUUCAAAGUCAUUUUUGUUUAGUGAAAGUAUUGUUAAUUUGCUUAAAGUACAGUUGACAAGAGUAAAUUUUGCCACAAAAAGUUAAAUUUGAGCUGAGGGUGUAGCUCAGUGGUAGAGUAUAUGCUUAGCACAUGUGAAAACCUGGGUUAAAAUUUUGUUCAAAUACAUGUAUCAUGUGUCUUCUUUGUUUUAUUUUGAGGUACUAGUGAUUGAACUCAUACAUGUACCUUCUUAAUGUGUUCAUGUUGGAGAAAAACCUUGGCAUUUCACUACCAAAACAAAAGCAAGAGACAACUAAAUUAGACUAUUGUUAAAUGGUUAAAUGUAAUGAUUUUACUCUGGAUAAAAUGGAAUGAAUCAUUUUUUAGACAGUUGCCUUUUUGCUAAAGUAUUUGAUACAGUAUAAUGAUCAUUUUCCUAAUAAAUUAUAGCAAGUCUCCAAGGAAUUUAAUGUUCGUUGAAAGCUGGGCAUGGAGGUGCACAUCUGGUGAUCUGAGCACUGGGAAGCUGAGACAGGAGGGGUAUAAUAUGAAGGCCAACCUGGGCACCAUAGCUCUUACAUGACCAUAUUUUCUUGGUAGAUGGUUUAAAUAUUUUCAAUAGAAAUUCUUAAACAGGAUAUUUAGUUAUUCAGAAGCAUUUUCAUUUAGAAAGGAGCUGCUUUAUUAGUAUGUUAAUAAUAUUUCUCACAUAUGGUUUCAUGCCAUUAAUCAAUACUUGAAAUUUUUAGAGUUGGUUAAUAUAAAAUAUGAAAAAUAUAAAUAAUAAAAAAUUAUUUACAACUGUUAAAAACAUAACUUUUAAUUCUGAUCUAAUUGGUUUAAGGAAUUUUAUAGGAAUGAUAAUUUUCAGAUUAAUUUUAUUUUUGAAAAAAUGGAAAAUUCAAUUUUUUUGCCUUAAUUUUAAGUUAUGAGGCAAAAAUUCAGAAAAUAGGAUGGUCUAUAGUAGCUUGAGAGUUGUUAGCAGUGUUAACGCUUUCCAAGUCUAAUGUAGAUAAGAGGAAAGUCUACUUGAGAAGCGUAGCUUCAAGUCUUGACACUUCUGUUCAGGACAAAAGUGCAUGUUCCUUAUAGACUAUUGCUAGUUUUUUGUUUUUGUAAGUCAUCAGAAAUGGCAUAAUGAGGCCAGCUACCAAUGGCUUAUGCCUAUAAUCCUCAGGAAGCUGAAAUCUUAGAUGAUGGUUCAAAGCCAGCUCA